UAAAAAUGACCUAGCUGUGUUAAUGGGGAAGUCGCUUCGGAGAAAAGUGUGAGCUACACGAAACCAAGAAACGUGUCAUAUUAGAUUCGUUUCCCUCUCCUGUAAGGCUGGAAGCUGCAGCUCUCCGUUGCCCGGCGCUGCUUCCCCUGCGGUUCUGCGUCGGACUGCGUACGUGACGAAGCGGCACGAGCUGCACGUUCCCAGAGCGGCGCGGCGGGAACACGGGGGCGCGCACGUCGCGCCAAGACCCCUCAUGUUGUGCUACUGUCUCUGCUCUAUACGUAAAUACGCCUCUGCCCGUGUCGAGUACCUCAAGAGGUACAAGGGGGAAGCGGUGCAUUUCUUUUGCGAAUCUGAGCACAGAACCGAAGCUCCCAUCGGCUUCUACCUGAAGCUCAAAUCCCCCGAGCCGGAGAAGGAGCUCAUGUUCGUGUCGCCGCUGAACCCCGCUGUGCACAACCCUGCGUUCGAGGGCCGAAUCGAGACGCGCGGCGACUUGCGCGAGCAGCGGCUCAACGUGACCCUCAAGGCUCUGCGCGAGGACGACAGCGGCUUCUACGCAUGCGAGUUCAUAUACGGCGCCAGUCCUCGAGACAGGAGCGUGGCGGGGCGGCCCACGUACUUCCUGUUCGUGGAAGGAACAGAAGUGAACUGCAACUGUUCCCGCUACUCUUUUCUGUUGUACGCCAUAUCUGCCGCCACAGGCCUCUUCUUCAUCAUCAUCAUCGGUUUGGGGUUUGCACUGUGUUGUAAGGCGUGUCAUCAUGAGCGACCGCAGAACCCACAUCCUAUAUAUGAAGAAAUGUCAGGCCUGAAACCAAACAAGGAGAAGGGACCCCAGGGACACCUGGACCUCUUGCAUCUGGAGGAAAUGCACAGCUCUGUGAUUGACAAGCCCCGCUGUCGGCUCUCGCAGGAAAACUACUACGUGAGCCCUAAGAGGGUAACCCACACCACUGAGGAGAGCUGUCCUUAAGGGCUAGUUGAGUGACUGUGUGAGCACAUUGGUCACUGGACGUGUCCAGCUUUCUGUCACAUUGGGCUCCAUCCUUCUCAGCCUGGACUCAUUCCAGAUUGAAUGGUUGGUUGUCUAUGUUCAAUAAGGUGCAUUAAGGUUGGAUGGUCAGCCUUCUAGAUGUGGAUGAAUACUAAACCGAAGCUUUGGUCAAGAUGUUCACCUUUUGUGAGCACAAUAACCACCUUCUGUGUUCAGUCUCUUGCCUGUUAUGUUCCUUGUUUUAUUGGCACAAGCAGCUUGCAGGUACUUAUGCAAGGCACCAUGUCUUAGUAGUACCAUGAAGCACUCAAGGAUCAGCGUAUCAUCAGUUUCAUAGAACUGGAGGGAUUUGUAUUCUUGCAGCUAUGCCCAAAAAGCGCUUAUAUUCCACUUGUAAAAGGACACUGCUAACAUACUCCUUGUUUUACUGGUAGUGCAUAGCUGCGGUCACCUUUAACAAACUACUUUAAAUAAAAGUCAAAACUUUUGAUAGGUGGAGUUGAUUCUUCAACAGCUCUUGGCAGCAAUGGAAAAAGUUUCAAAUAUUAUGGUGCCAGGUACUGUACUGAAAAUGUAAUUGUGUAAAAGUUGUGUAAACCACACCAGUUACUGCAGUAACUCAAAAUUAAGCAAUUUUUACCCAGACCAAAAAUAUUUUACAAUACUUCCUUUAGACUUCACAUUUAGUCAGCACCUUUUGAGGUGCUGCGAUGCAGUCAACCAAGAGUUGGUAGCUAAAGUACAUGCAUGUAGCCAAACUGAAUCCAUACAAUUUUUGAUGACCUGGGUCAAUCCCUGGGAUUCAUUAAUUCUAAGUUCAUGUAUGUGUGCAAUUUUUUUUCCCCUCUGUAGUUUUGAGGGGGGGGGGAGGUAUGAUUGAGACUUAAUGCUGGAGAACAGUAUUUUUCUUGCAGCUUGUUUUAUGGAUAUGUCAGUGGGGAUCUGCAACUUCCAAUUAUCUCAGCUGUUAAGCUAUAUCCUUUAAUAAUUUUCAGUAAUUUACAGCAAGCAAAGACUCAGCUUUAUGGUAAGGGGAAGGACAGCUAUAUGGACAGCUGGUAAUGUAGUGGUUAAAGCUACUGCCUUUGGACCCAAAGGUUGCAGGUUCGAU